UCAAGAAGGCUAUAUCCAUGAUUUACUGCUCCCUCCAGCCAUGGGCCUUUUGGGAAUACUUUGUUUUUUAAUCUUCCUAUGGAAAACUUGGGGACAAGAACAAACUUAUGUCAUUUCAGCACCAAAAGUAUUCCGUGUUGGAGCAUCUGAAAAUAUUGUAAUUCAAGCUUAUGGAUACACUGAAGCAUUUGAUGCAACAAUCUCCAUUAAAAGUUAUCCUGAUAAAAAAUUUACUUACUCUUCAGGCUAUGUUAGUUUAUCCUCAGAAAAUAAAUUCCAAAAUUCUGCGAUCCUUACAAUACAACCAAAACAAUUGUCUGGUGGACAAAACCCAGUUUCAUAUGUGUAUUUGGAAGUUAUAUCAAAACAUUUUUCAAAAUCAAAAAAAAUGCCAAUAACCUAUGACAAUGGAUUUCUCUUUAUUCAUACAGAUAAACCUGUUUAUACUCCACAUCAGUCAGUAAAGGUUAGAGUUUAUUCAUUGAAUGAUGACUUGAAGCCAGCCAAAAGAGAAACUGCCUUAACUUUCAUAGAUCCCGAAGGAUCAGAAGUUGACAUAGUAGAAGAAAAUGAUUAUACUGGAAUUAUAUCUUUUCCUGACUUCAAGAUUCCAUCUAAUCCUAAAUAUGGUGUGUGGACAAUUCGAGCUAAAUAUAAAGAGGACUUUUCAACAACUGCAACCACAUAUUUUGAAAUUAAAGAAUAUGUCUUGCCACAUUUCUCUGUCUCAAUAGAACCAGAAAGUAAUUUCAUUAGUUAUAAGAACUUUAAGAAUUUUGAAAUUACUGUAAAAGCAAGAUAUUUUUAUAAUAAAGUAGUCACUGAGGCUGACGUUUAUAUUGCUUUCGGGAUAAGAGAAGACUUACAAGAUGAUCAAAAAGAAAUGAUGGAAAAAGCAAUGCGAAACACAAUGUUGAUAAAUGGAAUUGCUCAAGUCACAUUUGAUUCUGAAACAGCAAUCCAGGAACUAUCCUAUAACAGUCUAGAAGAUUUAAACAACAAGUACCUUUAUAUUGCUGUAACAGUCAUAGAAUCUACAGGUGGAUUUUCUGAAGAGGCAGAAGUACCUGGCGUCAAAUACGUCCUCUCUCCCUACAAACUGAAUUUGGUUGCUACUCCUCUUUUCUUGAAGCCUGGGAUUCCAUAUUCCAUCAAGGUGCAGGUUAAGGAUUCGCUUGACCAGUUGGUAGGAGAGAUCCCAGUAACCCUGAAUGCAGAAACAGUUGAUGAAAACCAAGAGACAUCUCACUUGGAGCCAAAGAAUAGUGUAACACGUCUCAGUGAUGGAGUAGCUUCGUUUGUGGUUAAUCUCCCAUCUGGAGUGAUGACGCUGGAGUUUUGCGUCAAAACCGAUGCCUCAGAUCUUCCAGAAGAAAAUCAGGCCAGCAGAUGUUACCAAGCAACAGCGUAUUCAUCUCUCAGCCAAAGUUACCUUUAUAUUGAUUGGACUGAAAACCAUGAAGCUUUGCUUGUGGGAGAACAUCUGAAUAUUAUCGUUACCCCCAAAAGUCCAUAUAUUGACAAAAUAACUCACUACAAUUACUUGAUUUUAUCCAAGGGCAAAAUCAUACACUUUGGCACAAGGGAGAAGCUUCCAGAUUCAUCUUAUCAAAGUAUAAACAUUCCAGUGACACAGAACAUGGUUCCUUCAGCUCGUCUCCUGGUCUAUUACAUCGUCACAGGAGAGCAGACAGCAGAAUUAGUGUCUGACUCAGUCUGGUUAAACAUUGAAGAGAAGUGCGGCAACCAGCUCCAGGUUCAUCUGUCUCCAGAUGCAGAUGCAUAUUCUCCAGGCCAAACUGUGUCUCUUAAUGUGGCCACUGAGAUGGAUUCAUGGGUGGCAUUAACAGCAGUAGACAGUGCUGUGUAUGGAGUCCAAAGAAGCACUAAAAAGCCCAUGGAAAGAGUAUUUCAAGUUUUAGAGAAGAGUGAUUUGGGAUGUGGGGCAGGUGGUGGCCGCAACAAUGCAGAUGUGUUCCACCUAGCUGGACUCACCUUCCUUACCAACGCAAAUGCAGAUGACUCCCAAGAAAAUGAUGAACCUUGUAAAGAAAUUCUCAGGCCAAAAAGAAUGCUGCAACAGAAAAUUCAGGAAGCAGCUGCUAAAUACAAACAUCCAAUACCAAAGAAAUGUUGUUAUGAUGGAGCUCAGCAUGUUAAUGAUGAAACCUGUGAACAGCGAGUUGCACGGGUUACCAUAGGGCCAGUAUGCAUCAGAGCUUUCAACGAAUGUUGUACCAUUGCAACCCAGGUCCGUGCUAAAUACUCUUAUAAACCUGUGCAAUUGGGAAGGCUACAUAUGAGGACCCUGUUACCAGUAACUAAGCCAGAAAUUCGAAGCUAUUUUCCAGAAAGCUGGUUAUGGGAAGUUCAUCAUGUUCCCAAAAGAAACCAGUUGCAGUUUGUGCUACCUGAUUCUCUAACUACCUGGGAAAUUCAAGGUGUUGGCAUUUCAAAUAGUGGUAUAUGUGUUGCUGAUACUCUCAAGGCAAAGGUAUUUAAAGAUGUCUUCCUGGAAAUGAAUAUACCAUAUUCUGUUGUACGAGGGGAGCAGAUCCAAUUGAAAGGAACUGUUUAUAACUAUAGGACAUCCGGGAUGUAUUUCUGUGUUAAAAUGUCUGCUGUGGAGGGAAUCUGCACAUCAGGAGGCCCAGCCACUGAUCCCCACGGGACAAAGCCCUCCAAGUGUGUGCGCCAGAGAAUAGAGGGCUCCUCCAGUCACUUGGUGACCUUCAGCGUGCUUCCUCUGGAAAUUGGCCUCCACAACAUCAACUUUUCACUGGAGACUUCAUUUGGAAGAGAAAUCUUAGUAAAAACAUUACGAGUGGUGCCAGAAGGUGUCAAAAGGGAAAGCUAUUCUGGUGUUACCUUGGACCCUAAGGGUAUUUAUGGUGUCAUCAGCAGACGAAAGGAGUUCCCAUACAGGAUACCAUUAGAUAUGGUCCCCAAAACAAAAGUCAAAAGGAUUUUGAGUGUAAAAGGACUACUUAUCGGUGAGGUCCUGUCUGCAGUUCUAAGUCAGGAAGGCAUCGAUAUCCUAACCCACCUCCCAAAGGGGAGUGCAGAGGCAGAGCUGAUGAGCAUUGUCCCAAUAUUCUAUGUUUACCACUACCUGGAAGCAGGAAAUCAUUGGAACAUUUUUCAUCCGAACUCAUUAACUAAAAAACAGAACCUGAAGAAAAAAUUAAAAGAAGGAAUGGUGAGCGUCAUGUCCUACAGAAAUGCUGACUUUUCUUACAGUGUGUGGAAGGGUGGAAGUGCUAGCACUUGGUUAACAGCUUUUGCUUUAAGAGUACUUGGACAAGUAAAUAGAUAUGUAGAACAGAACCAAAAUUCAAUUUGUAAUUCUUUAUUGUGGCUGGUUGAGAAUUGUCAAUUAGAAAAUGGAGCUUUCAAGGAAAAUUCCCAGUAUCAACCAAUAAAAUUACAGGGCACCUUGCCUGUUGAAACCCAAGAGAACACCUUAUAUCUUACAGCCUUUACUGUGAUUGGAAUUAGAAAGGCUUUUGAUAUAUGCCCCCUGGUGAAAAUCAGCACAGCUAUAACUAAAGCUGAAAACUUUCUGCUUGAAAAUACCCUCCCAGCCCGGAGCACCUUUACACUGGCCAUUGCUGCUUAUGCACUUUCCCUGGGAGAUAAAACUCACCCCCAGUUUCGUUUAAUUCUUUCAACCCUGAAGAGGGAAGCUUUGGCUAAAGGUAAUCCACCCACGUAUCGUUUUUGGAAAGACGAUCUGCAACAAAAAGACAGCUCUGUACCUAAUGCUGGUACAGCACGUAUAGUGGAAACCACUGCCUACGCUUUACUCACCAGCCUGAGCUUGAAAGAAAUGAAUUAUGUCAACCCAAUCAUCAAAUGGCUAUCUGAAGAACAGAGGCAUGGAGGUGGCUUUUAUUCAACCCAGGAUACAAUUAAUGCCAUCGAGGGCCUGACAGAAUAUUCACUCCUGAUUAAAGAACUCCGCCUGAAUAUGGAUAUCAAUGUCUCUUACAAGCACAAAGGUAACUUCCACCAAUAUAAGAUGACAGAGAAGAAUUUCCUUGGGAGGCCAGUGGAGGUGCCUCUCAAUGAUGACCUCAUUGUCAGUACAGGAUAUAGCAGUGGCUUGGCUACGGUACAUGUAAGAACUGUAGUUCACAAAACCAGUACCUCUGAGGAAUUUUGCAGCUUUUAUUUGAAAAUUGAUACCCAGGACAUUGAAGCAUCCAGCUACAGAGGCUACAGUGACUCGGAGUAUAAACGCAUAGUAGCGUGUGCCAGCUAUAAGCCUAGCACAGGAGAAUCAUCAUCUGGAUCCUCCCAUGCAGUGAUGGAUAUCUCUCUACCUACUGGAAUCAAUGCAAACCAAGAUGACUUAAAAGCUCUUGUUGAUGGGGUAGAUCAACUAUUAACUGAUUACCAGAUCAAAGAUGGACAUGUUAUUUUGCAACUGAAUUCAAUUCCCUCCAGGGAUUUCCUUUGUGUCCGAUUCCGGAUAUUUGAACUUUUUGAAGUUGGGUAUCUUAGUCCCGCUACUUUCACAGUGUAUGAAUACCACAGACCAGAUAAACAGUGCACCAUGUUUUAUAGCACUUCUAAUACCAAACUUCAGAAAGUCUGUGAAGGAGCCACGUGCAAGUGUGUAGAAGCUGACUGUGGGCAAAUGCAGGAAGCAUUGGAUCUGACAAUCUCUGCAGAUACUAGAAAAGAAACAGCAUGUAAACCAGAGAUUGCAUAUGCUUAUAAAGUUAGAAUCACAUCCAUCACUGAAGAAAAUGUCUUUAUCAAGUACACUGCAACCCUUCUGGAUAUUUACAAAACUGGGGAAGCCGUUGCUGAGAAAGACUCUGAAAUCACCUUUAUUAGAAAGAUUGCCUGUGCUAAUGCUGACCUGGUAAAAGGAAGACAGUAUUUAAUUAUGGGUAAAGAAGCCCUCCAGAUAAAAUACAAUUUCAGCUUCAGGUCAGCUUCAACCACACAAAGACCAGGCCAAUUGAGAGAAGUGGAGAAGGUCGACAGUAGAGACUGUCUACUGAGAAGGCCUAACCUCAGAGCCCUCAGCAAACUGAGAAGGAACUUGCUCUUGCCAGUAAUUGCUCUACCAGAAGGCAGGCCCCAGUGCAACAACCUGGUGAAAAGAAAGAGCAUCAGGAGACCUUUGUUCUAGCCCUAAAUAGGUCUUUGAGCCUCAGUUUGAGCUUUAUAAAAGAGAAUUUAUAAAAGGUGGUUCAUUUUUAAGUGACAUUUUGCAGCACUUCAAAUCUUAUAAGAGAGUUCUCACAUAUAUUCCCAUUUAAUGUUUCAAGAAUCUCACAAAGGACAGGAAUUAUUAUUAUUAUUACCCCAUUUUCCAGAGGAGGAAAUAGAGGCUCAGAAAGGAGAAGCAAUUUUCCUAGCCUAGUAAGGGGCAGAAUUGGAGAUCAAACCCGAAGGUUCUCUCUCAGUCUAAACAUAUCCCUGUUCUGUACCACUACACAGAACAUUGCUUUGGGGCUUAAUUUUCCAAGGUGAAGGCAGCAUGUAGUAGGAGUUUCUUAGAUGUAGAUUAACCAGCCCCACUGAACUAUCAGAAGGGAACAUGAAGAUAAACUCCACAAUGGUAAUUAAAAGUGACUGAAAUGCAUUCCCUCUGAAGAGUCUGCAUUUUACCAGUUAGGUGAAACUGCCGAGGCCCUACAGUGUACCUUGUAAAUAACACUAAGAUUUUCCACUUCCAGAAACCAAGGACUUAUUUUUCUUUAAUGUCAAAGCUCACAUUGUAGGCAUUCGCUUGGAAAAAACAACCAAUGUAUUCAAGAUGCCCAAACUCCCUGUCAGUGAGGGGUGAGGGGGCCUAACAGUGUCUCCUGUUACCUUCUUGCUUAAGGCAGAAUAGAGGAAACCACUGAAGCUGCUUUGGAGGCACAAGAGCCUCUGAGCUAUUUAGCUGCCUUCUUCCUGAGCACUAGCAAAUAGGUUGGGCCACAAUGGCCUAAUUAACCCGCAAUGCAGCUGAACUAUCAAAUAUCAAAGCAAGCUUUUGUGAGUUAGCCUGGCACCAUUAAAACAUCUGCCAGCUCGUCCUCAGCUAACUCUUAUACAUUUGAACAUACUUUGUUAGUGAGGCUUUUGUGACCUCCCAAACUAGACUGGGGCCCCUACUCAACCCUAUGCUUCUCCCCCAAGGGCACUUGUGCUCUUGCAGUGAUUUACUUAAUCAUAUAGAUUUGUUUGGAGUGCAGCUUCCUGACUACACUGUAAGCCUUGUGUGGGCAAGGUCUGGGUCUGUUCUAUUCUCCAUUAGCUCCCAUGCCUGGCACAAUGACAGGUACAUUCUAGGGACUCAACAGGUGUUUAUGGAUACCCCCACUGGUUGCAGGGAAUCAGAAAACCCAAGUUCUAGUCUUGGCUUUGGCCCUAACAGGCAGUGAUUUGGGGCAAGCCUCUCAAUCUCUUUGAUAGCCUAUAAAACAAGGGAGUUGAACACUCUAAUAUCUCUCUUAUCUAUAGCUAGAAGAAGAUAUUUUAUAAUCUUAUGAUGCGAAAUGGAAAACAAAAUCAAAUGGCACGUAAGCAUCCAAAUAUUGCUAUCUAUUUCUGUCUGUAAGUGUGAAGAGAGCUCAGAGAAGCUCACUGGAGGAGCAGCCAAGGCUUCCUGGAGGACAGUGGGAUUUGGGUAGAGAGAGGGGUGCAAGAGGCCUUUCUGGGUGGGGGGGAAGCUUAAGGCAGGUUCCCACAGUGGGUAAGCCAGGUGAUCUUAGGUGAUACAGAUACACAUUGUUCAUUUUAUAGCUAGAUGUUUAUUUUAACAUGUAUAAGAAAAACUAUAGCACAUCAAAGCCAUGAUAUAAAAUUUUCUUUUAAAAUAAAUUUAUUUGUCAAGAAGUAACUCUAUUUAAGGGAAAAUAUUAAGGAAAUAAAAGUAUAGAUUGUUCUUAGGACAAAAAUCAGGUGGUUGGCAUGCAAAUGAUUGAAAUUUUAAAAACCCUAUCUUAAGAAAAUACGUGGAGUUGAUGACUAUGCGCCAAGCCUGAGGCAGGCAGCCCCUCUCUGUAUUUCUCAGCAAGGGACUCUGGAGCAAAGUCAUGUUCAGUCUCUCUUUUCAGCCCCUGUGAUACUGAUUUAUUCAGGAACAUCCAACAAAUAUGUAUUGAUUGGUAACUGUAGGCUGGGCCCAAUUCUGGAUGCUUGGUACCAAGAUUCCUGCCCUGUGGAACUUAAUUCCAACUGGGGGAGACAUACAAUGAACAACAAAGGCAAUAAUUAGGGAAUUGAUCUUGGAUGUCAGAAGGUGAUAAGGAACUUUGAGGAAAAAAAGUAGAGCAGAUUAAGGGAGACUGGUAAUGGACAGGGGAGGGGUUGCAGUUUUAAGUAGGGUGUUCAGUCCGAGUGGGCUUCAGUGAGAAGGUGAGAUUUGAGCAAAGACUUGAAGGAUGUGGAAGCCAAGUGUCCACCAGGAUAAGAGUGUUCCAGGAACUCUGGGAACAUAGUGCCCAGGCCUAGAGCAGGAGCAUGCUGGUGUGUUACAGGAGAAGCAAGAGGCUGGGGUCACAGGUGCAGGUUGUACAGGUCAACAGAAGGGGCUUUGGGUUCACUGGGAAGCGGGAGUCACUGCAAGGCUUUUAACAGAAGAGUGACAUGAUCUUUCUUACCUUUUGAAGGAACUACUCUAAUUCCUGUGUUGAAAAUAAGGCAAGGGUACAAGUAAAGAGACCAGUUAGGAGCCAACUAUAAUAAACCAGGUGACGGAUGAUGGUGCCUCUGACCAGAGUGGUAGCCGUGGAAGUGUUGAAAAGUGGUUGAAUUCUGGAUAUAUAUUAAAAGUAGAUUCAACUUGAUGCCCUGAUAAAUUAGAAACAAGUAUGAGAGAAAGAGAAGAGUCAAGGACAAUGCCAAGAUUUUUGGCCUGAGCCACAGGAAAGAUGGAGUUGCAGUUCACUGAGAUUGGGAAGGCCACAGAUGGAGCAGGCUGGGGGCAGUUAGGAAUCAGAAGUUCAGUUUUAGAUGUGUUGAGUUUCAGAAGAAAUCUAUUAAACAUCCAAGUGAAGGAAUCGAGAAGGCAAUUGUGAUACAGUAUGGAGUUCAGGAGAGAGGUCCAGACUGAAAAAUAAAAAUCUGAGAGUCAUCAGCAUAUUGAAGCCAUUUCAUUGCACUAACCAAUGAAUGAAUUAUGUGAAUAUAGAGGAGAGGGAAAAAGAGGACCAAGGACAGACCUUUGAAGCAUUCUGAUGUUAAGUUGUUAGAGAAAAGAGAUGGAAGAUUUGGGUUAGGAGAGAAAAACAAGAGACCAAGGUGUCCUGCAAGCCAAGUGUAAGGACAGAGUUUGUAGGAAGAAGAGUGUUGAACUGCAUCGAGUGCUGCUGAAAAGAGAAGAUGAAGACUUGGCCAUGGGGUUUAGCUUUGGUGACUUUGACAGAGCAUGUUAGGUGAAGUAGUGGGAAUAAUGGCCCAAUUGGAGUGAAUUUAAGGGUGAAUGGGAGGAGAGGAUAGACAAUUCUUUCAAGAAAUUUUGCCACAAAGGGGAGCAAAGAAAUAGGUUGGGGGAACUUGAGUGAAGAAAAGGUUAAGAUGGAAGAAAUAACACAUUUGUGCACUAAAGGGAAUGAUCCAGUAGAGAUCAGAUAAUUGGUGCUGCAGGACAGAGAAAGGAGAAUUGCUAGAAUAAUGUCCCUGAAGAGGAAAAGUGAAAAGUGGAUGGGAUCUGGAGCACAAGUGGAGGACUGGGCUUUAACUAAGAACACUGCUAGCUCAUCUGUGCCAGGGGUUGGCAAACAACUUCUGUAAAGGGCCAUACAUUAAAAUAUCCAUAAAUAUUUUAGGUGUUGUGGGCUACACUGUCUCUGUUGCAACUGCUCAGCUCUCUUGUAGCACAAAUGCAACCACAGAUAAUGCAGAAAGGAAUUGGGGUGGACAGAGGCAGGCUAGGUUAGCCCUCAGGCAGCAGCAUACUGAUCCCUGGUCCAUGGUGACAGGCAGAGAGGCCGAGUACGAGGAGCAGAUGUUGAGGAGGGUAGACGUGGUGGUGAGAGUCUGUGGAAGUUCUUUCCUCAGAGAAAUCGGAAGAUCAUCUCCUGAGAUGGGGACUAGGAGGAGCC